AUGACGAAUCGUCGUGGUGGAAGUCCACCCGAUGAGAAGGCUCUUGCGACCGCUAUGCACCAAAAUAAGCCUGGAACGCCUCGACUUUCGGUUCUUGGUUUCGAGGGCGCUUUCCAUGGACGUUCUCUUUGUAUGCUAUCCGUCACACGAAGCAAAGCCAUACACAAGGUUGACAUUCCGGCAUUUGAUUGGCCAAUUGCCAAAUUCCCUCGUUACAAAUACCCGUUGGCUGACAACAAAGCAUAUAAUGAUGCCCAAGACAAGGAAUGCCUGAAAGACGUUCAGGAAAAAAUAGCGGAAUGGAAGAAAAAGGAUCACGAUGUGGCUGCAAUAAUCGUGGAACCUAUUCAAGCCGAGGGCGGAGACAAUUACGGAAGCCCUGCCUUUUUCAAGGCACUGCAGAAGAUCGCAGCCGAUAACGGCGUUGUCUUCAUAGUCGACGAGGUCCAAACUGGUGGUGGUGGAACGGGUGAUAUGUGGGCACACAGCCACUGGAACCUCGAUUCACCUCCUGAUAUCGUUACAUUCUCGAAAAAACUUAUCACUGGUGGAUAUUUCUACAAAGAGCAUCUUCGUGUGAAGGAGGGAUACCGAAUUUACAACACCUGGAUGGGAGAUCCAUCAAAGCUGUUCCUCUUAGAGAAAGUGAUCGAAGUCAUUAAACGGGACGACCUCAUCAACAAAACUAAAUCAGUGGGGGAACUUUUCCAACAAGAACUUGCAAAACUACAGGCGAAGCAUUCGUCGAUAGUCAGUCAGGCUCGUGGAAUGGGAACGUUCGCAGCCAUAGAUUUCCCCAGUGCCUCUGUUCGAGAUCGGCUUGUGGAUAAGGCAAUCAAUCUCGGCCUCCAUUGUGGCGGAUGUGGAGAGAAGUCGCUGCGUUUCCGACCAUCGUUAGUGUACGACAAGAAGCACGUUGAAAUCACAUUUGAUCUGCUCGACAAAGCUCUCAAACAGUUAUGA